AUGGGACCUUCGGAAGGGUUGACGAGAAAGGAGGAACAAGAGAACGAUAUUACUGAGGAGGUUGAAAAGAAUGCUGGCCCUAAUUUUCAGGCUUCUCUGCCAUCUGGAUCUGACUCCUUCAAUUGGUGGGAUCAUUUCUCCAAGAGGCUUACUGGGGCAUUGUAUGAAUCAGUGGAUUCAGCUAAUUUUGAAUCAAUUUUCAAGAUAUCGAGAGGGACUUUUGAGUACAUCUGUUCACUUGUGGGGGACGUGAUGAUGGCAAAGUCUUCAUGUUUCAGUGAUCUUAAUGGAAAACCUUUGUGUCUGGAGGAUCAAGUAGCAGUUGCACUGAGAAGGUUAAAUUCUGGGGAAUCAUUACUAACUGUUGGUGAUUCCUUCCAAGUACAAAGAUCAACUGUUCGUAACAUAACUUGGAGGUUUGUCGAAGCUAUGGAACAAAAAGGAAUCCAACAUAUCCAGUGGCCUUCAACUGGAACUAAGAUGACCGAGGUGAAGUCAAAGUUUGAGAAACUUGGAGGACUCCCAAAUUGUUGUGGUGCGAUUGACACUGCACACAUCAAAAUGCGUCUCGCCAUACAUAAGAACAAAUCUACUGAGGUCUGGUAUGACAAUGAGAAAAACCUCAGUAUGAUCCUACAGGCAAUUGUGGACGCUGAUAUGAGAUUCCUUGAUAUUGUCACGGGGUGGCCAGGAAGUUUAAGCGACUCCAUUGCAUUCAAAAGCUCAAGUUUCUUCAAACUUUGCAAUGAAGGAAAGAGAUUAAAUGGGGAAACAGUGAAACUUCCAGAAGGAACAGAGCUCAGAGAAUAUAUCGUUGGGGAUCUUGGAUUCCCCUUGUUACCAUGGCUCUUGACUCCUUACCAAGGAAAUAAUCUUCCUGAAUAUGAGGCAAGCUUCAAUAGCAAGCACACUGCUACACAGGAGGUGGCACAAAAGGCGUUAUCACGACUGAAGCAGACAUGGAAGAUUAUUGAUGGAGAGCUGUGGCAACCUGAUACAAAUAGGUUACCGAGAAUUAUUUUUGUUUGCUGCCUGCUGCAUAAUAUAACCAUCGAUUUAGAUGAUGAGGUGCAAAAGAAUACUCCCAUCACUUAUGUUAAUGAUGCUGAAUAUCGGCAGCAAAUUUGUGAUGCGGUUGAUGAGGCUGGCUCUGGUAUGAGGAGGGAGCUAUCUCUCUAUCUCUCUGGAAGGAAGCUGCCAUAAUAGCACAUGCACUUUACAACUUUCCUAUUCAGUAACUGCUCAGAUUUUUACAUUUAAUCCCUAUU